AAAAGGGGAGUGGACGCUGUGCUGGUUUGUAUUUUGAGCUGCAACGACUCCCUGUAUUAAAACCACACUUCCAUAGACAGACAGACGGACAGACAGACGGACGGACAGACGGUUUCGGUUAUUUUUUUCACUCACGUGCGACUUCCAACCGUCGUGAAUCAAGUAAGGGUUGUUCUGAGGUCAGACUGCUGAGAUGACAAGGCUGUGACAGCGUGUGUGUCCAAGUGUGUCUGGUACUGGACCGAUUCCUGUGACAUGGCUGCUGCUAAGAAGAGUUGUGCAAAGGCAGGAGGUGUGCGCUUCUCAGAGAAACCUCCUGCUGCCAGCGCCUCAUCACAUGUUCACUUCGACGAAAAGCUGCAUGACUCUGUCGUCAUGGUGACUCCAGAGGAUGAUGGCAACUUCAUGGUUAAGGUUGGCUUCCUAAAGACGCAGCACCGUUAUGAAAUCACGUUCACGUUGCCUGAGGUCCCGGCUCUGGGGAAGGAUGUGUGUCCAGCGCCAGUACCCAGUCCACACCUCCGGAUCACUGAUAUUACACCCGCACCGGAGGGAGGUCUGAAGGUAACGUGCGAGUACAUGGCGCAGCAGGAGGGAGUUCUGUGUGAGGAGGUGCAACUGCUGAGCGAGACCAACGAGGACAUCUGUGUCAAGGUCAAAGUUCACGCCAGAGUCAUGGAUCGUCACCACGGUACACCCAUGCUGCUGGAGGGAGUUCGCUGCAUCGGGGUGGAGCUGGAGUACGACUCUGAACAGAGCGACUGGCAAGGAUUUGACUGACUCUCGAGAGUUCCCGUUCCCCUUCACAUACACACAAACACACACACCAAAUAACACACACACACAUACACACCCACCAUAUCCCCCAAAUAGAAGAAGAAAUAGAAAUCUCACACACACACAUUUAGUGCAGACAUAGUGCCACAUGCAGCAUAUCAAGCCCCGGUGUUGAGUUUUGUCUGCAACGUCUCUUACAUACAAAAACAUUCCUCUGCUGUGACUUUCACCGCCAACAUCGGCAGAACCCGAACGGACAUUUCGUCACAUUUCAUCUUUCUUCGACUCCUCUACAAGCCCUAAAAAACUCUGUCGUCUGUUCGCCGUCACACGUCGUGUCGUUGAUCUGUCUUUUCUUUACUGAACCUCCAGAGGGCAGCAGUGCUCUUUAAAUCAGUGCAGCCUCAGAUCUUCUGUCACUGCCUCUUGUGCUCCAGUUCACUCAUUUCCUGAUGUGCAAACCAUACAAUCUGUAUCCCACAUGGAUUUAAAGGUGCAGGUGUAAAUAAGGGCUCUUUUUAUUGAUUAAGUUGCUUGAAAUUGAACUAAAAGAAUGGAACAAAUCUGCACAAAUCAGGGAAAUGGGGUUGAAUUAAAUAGCAAUGCUGAGCCUAUAAUGUGUCUGUUUAACCAUAAGGGGGCACUGCAGACCGCUGUAUGUAACGCUCUCCAUUCUGAAGGCUUUUUUUUUGGGAUAAAUGAUGGGUUUUAACUGUGCUGCAGGGUGGUGGCAUCUCUGUAUUUAAAGGAAAAAUCCAACUCGGACACUCUUACGUUUUUAAAAUCCUUACGGUUGGUUCUUUACGUGUCUGUUUCACGUGUUUUACCUCAACCUGCUUUAUCUACUUCUACUGAUUUUCAGGAAAUCCCUUCAGAAAUAUGUGUGAAGGUGUAAGUGAGGAAAUCGUUUACAGCAGCGAUAAUGGAGAGAGGUUUUACUUAUCAUGAGAAAUACCUCAAAACAUGUGAUCCAUCUACAGAACAUGGUACUAGUCUCUUGAAUCUGUUUUUCCUCCCUGUAUGAUUGUUAAACAUGUUUGUGUUAUUGUGCAUCUAGAAAAAUGCACUUUUUUUCUUUUAAUAUGAGGAACUAACAACAAAAUCUCUGAAACGUUUUCUGACAUCCUGUUAUGUUUCUCCACUUUUGUACAGAAAUAAAAAAUAAUCACAAGAGAGCUGCAACGACUAGUCCAGUGAUCAAUUAGUCGAACAAGAAAAACUUAAUUGGCAGCUAUUUUGAUAAUCGAUCAAUCGUUUCAGUCAUUUGUUUCAAGCAAAAAUACAAAUGUUCUUCAGUUUCAGCGUCUCAAACGUGGCGGUUUGCUGUUUUUCUUUGGGAAUAUCGUCAGCUUUUGGACUGAUAGUCAAACACAACAACAAACUGACAUCACUGUAGGCAGUGAGGGAUUAUUUGUUAGCAUUUUAUUGACUAAAUGAUUAAUUGAUUAAAAAGUAGAGCUGCAACUAACAAUUAUUUUCAUAAUCGAUUAAUC